AUGUCCCCGCGACCGAGGACAUAUUCUCGUGCUGCUCAACGAGCAUGGGACCACUUCCAGAGGGAAUUGGAAGUGGUUCCUCUCGAGUUUGAUCCUCUGCUCAUUGCACCAUUACCUAUGGAGAUGGUGCGAUAUUGGGCCUACAACAAGCUGGGAUGGCUUGUUGUACCACCUUGCAGUCAACCUCGGGAUGACUCCGACUGGUAUAACUCCUCUGAUGAGGAGCCUCAUACCACCACUCGUGAGGGGUACCCUGACCAGAUUGAGUCGGAGUAUUUCUCCGAGUCCGAGCACCAUAGCUCGUGGUACUUACGAAGUUCAGGGUCUGAAGAGACAAACUCAGUAGUAGUCUCCGACUACUACGAGCAGUCCGAGAUGGAGGAUACCCAAAGUUCUUCUGCACUAUCUGCCGAAGAUGAGGGUCCUCGUGUUACGGAAAGCAGCAGCCCCGAUCGACGUACAAAGCGGCCACAUAAGCAGAAGACCAACUCGCUGUUGGUGCAUUCCCCCGUCAACAUUGACGAUUCGGGCGAGGACAGUAGUUCUUUCAAGCCGGCAGCCGACGAGAAGGACAACGAGAGUGAGGAAGAUGUGGGCGAGGUGCAUGGAUCAGAUGAUGGGUUGAUCAUCAAGGACGUUGACCAGCACAGUGGCCGGAAGGGCAAGAAGAAAGUGUUGCCGAAGACUCCCCGUGCGAAGGACACCGUGUCACAGUCGAGCGACGAUCCGUUGACGAAGGAGCCCAUGAAGAGCUUCCUGCAGCGGGCCCAGCAAGAGCUCCGUGUGUACAUCGCGGUCGAGAAUGCGUGCCCCCGCAAACGGGGCCAGAGGGUCGAGAAGUUCGACGUGCCUCAAGACAUUAUCGAGCUGCUGGUCGAGAAGAACGCCCAGUACCAGGCUGAUGAUUUCCAGGAGACGUUUGUCUACAAAGUUGCCGCACAGGUCCGGCAGGAGCUGAAGCAGAAAGCCAAACGGGUGGUAGAGAAGGAACUUUUAUCAGUCAAGAUCUCCGAUGUUGGCCUCGACGCGGUUGCUCGCAAUGACAAGUUGCAGAAGGCAAAGGAAGCGCGGAUUAAAUACCUUCGCAACCACAAUACGUUCCAUUACGGGAACAUAGUGAUGCCGGACCCGGACGUUUCCCCUGAGCUGUGGGACAACCCGGAGCUUGACACGCCUUUCCACAGUGUUGUGAUCGCGGAGAUCAUGGCGCGGCAGUGGUGGCUUGGGCAGCACCUGGAAGCCCUCCGCCGCGAGAACCGAUCUCGCUUUGACAUCAACGUCAAGCCGCCGUCGAGCAAUAUGAUUGCUCUGACCUGUAGCGCAGUUCUAGUCGCAUUCGAUGAAGCAUUGGCCGGCAAUUCUACCGUGAACUUCGAUGAAAAGACGUAUGCUAUGGAGCAUGAUCACCUGAAAGCUGGCAUAGACAAGCUGCGACGACAUGCGGAUGCAAACAGCAGGAUGUACGACGAAGGUGUUGCCGAGCUCGUGAAAUCAAUGAACAACACUAUGGCCUCCAACAUCAUGGCCUUUGCUGGCAUUGCCCACGACAAGAACCGGAGGGACGAGGGCAACGCCGAGGAGCUCGAUGAUGGCAUUGACAUGAAGGCAGUUCUCGGCCGAUGGGGCAAGAAGAAGGCAUCGACGUCCGCUGUCUCGGGUGCACAGGCACAGGCACAGGCAGGGCAUGUAUUGUACCCCCUCGCUCCAGUCGCGAGCAGCUCCAAGACCAAGUAA